CGUGUGACGCACGCGCCGGAAAAAGAGGUUACGGGGCGCCGCUGGGACAAACGCAACCAGACGCCGGACUUGUUGGGUGGCGUUAAAAAGUAACUCUGUAUUUAGUCUUUUUGAACAAAAUUACGUCUAGGUUUGAAAACCAAACUUUUAUGCUUUCUAUAACUUUAGGAACUCCAAAAUGAGGGACACCCAAGGCAAAGCACUAGGAGUCGCUGUUGGGUAUUCCCAGCGGGGCUUAGUCUACCUCCUCUUCCUGCGGUGCUCUAGUGAGCCACUCCACCACCUCUGACCCUGUUGCCCCCGAAACUCGCUGGCAUUUCCUAUUAUUUCUAGAUAUGGGAGAGAAAAAAAGGAAGCGGGAGCCGGACUCCUGACACAGUCCAAGUGGCUGCAUCUUCUACAGGCAUCCAUCUGAAACUCCCAUCCGUGAUUGUUCCCUCCCCAGAGACCCCGGGCUCCCAGAAUGGGGACCAGAGAUGGGAAGAGCAUAGGAGACGUUGUACACAAGACCAUCCAGUUGAAAUAAUGCUGUUUCCAACUGAGAAAAAGAAGCCCAUUUAUUCCUAAUAGGGGGCAUCAGGUAGGAAUCAAACUUCAUUGCAAACAGCUCACCAUCCUAUUGGGAGAUGAAUGAAUAUUUCUCUGUUUUGCUUUUUCCUCAAGCAGGAGGAAGUGAGGAAAUUAGGUUUGGGGUGGGGUAGGGGUAUAGCUUUGAGAGGCAAAAAGAUCAGGGAAAGAUCAAACAGGAAGGAACUUGAGACCAGAUUAAUUUAAAUAUUUGUUCUCCCUUCCCCCUCCCACCCCAUCCCCGCUGUGCCCCCCAUCUCCACCCCUUCUAUAGUUAUUUCGAUUCCUGGAGAGCAUUACACAUGUGUCCCAUCCCAGGCCUCUAGCCACAGCAACCACACUACUCAUUUCCCCUGGAACUGAGGCUGCAUACCUGGGCUCCCCACAGAGGGGGAUGAUGCAGGGAGGGGAAUCCCACCUGCUGUGAGUCACCUGCUGGUAUAAAGGGCGGGCCUUACAAUGCAGGGACCUUAAAAGACUCAGAGACAAAGGGAGAAAAACAACAGGAAGCAGCUUACAAACUCGGUGAACAACUGAGCGAACCAAACCAGAGACGCGCUGAACAGAGAGAAUCAGGCUCAAAGCAAGUGGAAGUGGGCAGAGAUUCCACAAGGACUGGUGCAAGGCGCAGAGCCAGCCAGAUUUGAGAAGAAGGCAAAAAGAUGCUGGGGAGCAGAGCUGUAAUGCUGCUGUUGCUGCUGUCCUGGACAGCUCAGGGCAGAGCUGUGCCUGGGGGCGGCAGCCCUGCCUGGGCUCAGUGCCAGCAGCUUUCACAGAAGCUCUGCACACUGGCCUGGAGUGCACAUCCACUAGUGGGACACAUGGAUCUAAGAGAAGAGGGAGAUGAAGAGACUACAAAUGAUGUUCCCCAUAUCCAGUGUGGAGAUGGCUGUGACCCCCAAGGACUCAGGGACAACAGUCAGUUCUGCUUGCAAAGGAUCCACCAGGGUCUGAUUUUUUACGAGAAGCUGCUAGGAUCGGAUAUUUUCACAGGGGAGCCUUCUCUGCUCCCUGAUAGCCCUGUGGGCCAGCUUCAUGCCUCCCUAUUGGGCCUCAGCCAACUCCUGCAGCCUGAGGGUCACCACUGGGAGACUCAGCAGAUUCCAAGCCUCAGUCCCAGCCAGCCAUGGCAGCGCCUCCUUCUCCGCUUCAAAAUCCUUCGCAGCCUCCAGGCCUUUGUGGCUGUAGCCGCCCGGGUCUUUGCCCAUGGAGCAGCAACCCUGAGUCCCUAAAGCCAGCAGCUCAAGGAUGGCACUCAGAUCUCCAUGGUCCAGCAAGGCCAAGAUAAAUCUACCACCCCAGGCACCUGUGAGCCAACAGGUUAAUUAGUCCAUUAAUUUUAGUGGGACCUGCAUAUGUUGAAAAUUACCAAUACUGACUGACAUGUGAUGCUGACCUAUGAUAAGGUUGAGUAUUUAUUAGAUGGGAAGGGAAAUUUGGGGAUUAUUUAUCCUCCUGGGGACAGUUUGGGGAGGAUUAUUUAUUGUAUUUAUAUUGAAUUAUGUACUUUUUUCAAUAAAGACUAUUUUUGUGGCAGUAUGAGUCUAAUUUCUAGGCUUAAUUGGGAAAGAGAAAUUGAUGGAAAAAUAAGGCCAAGGGACUACAAUAUGCAU